AUGGCAGAGAUAAUAGGUCUGGUCGCCAGCGUCGUGCAAUUGGCCGAUGCAGGUCUGAAAUUGUCAUCGGCGCUGUACCAAUAUGCUGAUGGGGUGGCUACUGCCGAUCGAAGAAUCAAGAAUAUCGCGAACGAAGUCAAACUUACAAGCUUCGUUAUCCAAGAGCUGGGGGGCAUUUUUGAACAAAACAAGACGGCAAACCUGAUUUCGGGAAAUGCAAUUAUAACGGCGAAGGAAACGAUCAAAGAGUGCGAUACGGUGUUUACAGAGAUCAAGGUGAUAGUCGACAAGACCAAAUCAGGAAAGAUGGGUCGAUUUAUGUUACCUUUCCGGGAUAACAAGAUCGAACUCCUACGAAGUCAGAUCGACAAACUUAAGAGUACAUUGCAGUUGUUGAUGCAGGUACUCAUAUUUGCCCAGCAAGUUUCGUCAAACAAGCUCAGCUACGAGGCCGAAGCAGAACAACGAAAAGAGAUCAUACAAUUGAGGAAAAUCGCGAAAGAAGCAGCCGAAAAAUACGAGAAGUCGCGGAGAAGCUUCAGUAUAAGCGAUGAUGGUACCGCUGUGAAUGAUGACGAGCGGUCCCUACAAGAGGGUGAUGGAUUUGUUUCGCCUUCUGAUCUUUUCAAGGCUGCUUCAUCCAUCAGCUCCGCGAUCAAUCCUGAAACACUUGCGACAUGUGUAAACCAUGUUCGAAACCUCUUGGUAGAUAUUGAGACAUUGCAGCUUGCCCUGGCCAGGGAAGUAGACGGAGAUGAUCAUUCAGAUCAUCAUCAGAAGGCUAUUGGGUCUUACUUCAUCGCUCGCUCCCAUCUCGACAGUGUUUUGCUUGGCAACUCC